CCCGCCACUUUCUCAUUCUCAACCAGCUGGACGCUGCUCGACAGCAAGAAGAGCAAAACAAGGCCACGAAAAAGAGAGUUUCGGCGUGUCAGGUGGGGCCCAUCUCUUUCUUCAGGAGUGACACACGACCUGGCACCCGCGACCCGCCCCCCGGAACCCCCUGCGUCGCGAGCAGAGCCGCGAUCGCCGGCGCCAGGCACGGCAAGAGGCGUGAAAGUUACACGUAGGAGGCUUUGCUGACUGAAGGUGAGAGUGAUGGAGCUGUGCUAGCAUGGCCAGGUGGCUGCUGCUGCUGGCCGUCGGCCUGUGCGUGGCCGCCGGCGCCCACGCCUGGGCCACCGACGAGAUGGAGCUGUUCGACCUCGUCGAGGAAGUCAACAAGAAUUUCUACGAGCUGCUCGGCGUGCCACAGGAUGCUGAAACCAAAGAGAUCAAGAAGGCCUUCAGGAAGCUCUCGCUCGUCACGCACCCUGACAAGAACGACGCACCUGACGCAGAUGUACAGUUCCGACAGUUGGUCGGUGUUUACGAGGUAUUGUCGGACGCGAAGAAGAGGGAGCGGUACCACGAGGUGCUCGAGUUCGGGCUGCCGGAUUGGCGCAGCGCCGUCUUCUAUUUCCGGCGUGUCCGCAAAAUGGGUCUCCUGGAAAUGGCUGUGAUUCUCUUUAUGAUCUUAACCGUAGGCCAGUACGCCGUUCUCUGGGCCUCCUAUGCUGAGAGGAAGUACACAAUAGAGCAAAAUUUGACUGCCAAAAGUAAGAAAAUACAAAAGAAGGCGAAAAAAGGCGGCGCUCCAGAGGAAGACAUUGCCGACUUUGGACUUGAAAAGCCAAGCGUGUUCAACCUGCUGCCUUUCCAAUCGGUCAGGUUCGUGUAUCUUGUGGUGACGGGGGCACCGCAGCUUUACAGAAUCGCGACCGAGCUUUGGGAGGAGCGGAAACGGCGAAUUCAGGAGGAGGAAGAGCUGGCCAACCAGGAAUCCAGCGAGGAGGAUGAGCCCAGGGAAAAGAAGCCGAGGAAAAGAAAAACAUUCCAACCGCCGGAAAUGACUUUCGACGUGGAGGAAAAUAGCGUCGCGGAAAGCGCCGAGGAGGUGGUGGCCGAACCGAAAGUGGUGCGACCUCCACCGGUCGUUGGUGGCCUCUGGACCGACGACGACUUCGCCGAGCUGGCCAGACUUACCAAGAAGUUCCCUGGCGGAAUUCCCAACCGCUGGGAGCGAAUCGCCGAGAGCAUGAACCGCACCGUUCCAGAGGUCACGCACAUGGCUAAAAGGGUCCUUGACGAUCUCGCCAAGGCAAGUCCUGUAGAGGAGGAGCAAGAGGUGGCGCCAGAAGUGGAGGCUGCGCCUAAAAAGGUGAAGACCAAGGGUGGCAAGAUGGGCGGCGCCGCGGAGGGCGCGUCCGAAGCGAAAUGGUCACAACAGCAGCAAAAGGCGCUGGAGAGCGCGCUGAUCAAGUUUCCAAAAAGCACCACCGACCGCUGGGUCAAAAUCGCCAAAUGUGUGCCGGAGAAGUCCACGGAGGAGUGCAUGAUGCGGUUUAAAUACCUAGCUGAGAUGAUCAAGAAAAAGAAAAAGGAAGCCGAAGAAAAUCAGGCAGACGCUGAAUCACCAGAAACCGAUGUGUGCGAGCAGGAAGAAUAAAUUGUUGUGGUUUGAAAAA